AUGAUAGGAAAACAGCCGCGAUUGUUUUUUUUUAUUUCGCUGUGUGGACUGAUGUUGGCGAUUUUACUUGCGACGUGGGGCAUACCGAAGAUUGUCAGAAGACAAAUACAGAAGAGCGUACAGAUAGACCCGUCCUCUCAGAUGUUCGACAAGUGGCAGAAACUGCCAAUGCCGCUAAAUUUCAAGGUCUACGUGUUCAAUGUCACCAACGCCGAGGAGAUCAGCGCCGGAGCCAAGCCAACGCUUCAAGAGAUCGGGCCCUACGUCUAUAAGCAAUAUAGAGAAAGGAUAAUUCUCGGCUAUGGCGAGAACGACACGGUGGAGUACAUGCUGAAGAAGACCUUCGUCUUCGACCAGAAGGAGACGGGCUCCCUGUCAGAGGAGGAUGAAGUUACUGUCAUCAACUUCACUUACAUGGCAGCUCUUCUUGAAGUCCAAGAGUUGAUGCCCAGCCUGGCUGGAAUGGUCAACGGGGCGCUAGAACAGAUGUUCACCAACCUCACGGACCCGUUCCUGAGGGUCAAGGUCAAAGACCUCUUCUUCGAUGGCAUCCACCUUAACUGUGUUGGAAACUCUGCAUUGGCUCUAGUAUGCGGAAAAAUUAAAGCUGAUAAACCAGCUGCAUUGCGUCCCUCUGAAGACGGGAAAGGUUUUUACUUUUCCAUGUUUGGCCAUAUGAACCUGACAGAAUCCGGUCCAUACGAGAUGGUGCGCGGUACAAAAGACAUCCAGGAUCUAGGACACAUAGUUUCCUACAAGGGCAAGAAACAGAUGAAUUGGCGAGACCCUUACUGUAACCAGCUGAACGGGUCUGAUGCGUCCAUCUUUCCACCGCUUGAGGUCGCCCCUGAACGGUUAUACUGCUUCGAACCUGAAGUAUGCAGAUCUCUGUAUGCUAAUUUGGUUGGACCAGCAACCAUUUUCGACAUGAAUGCGAUCUACUACGAAAUAGGAGAAGAAGUGUUGGCGGCUAAAACUGCGAACCCGGAUAACAAGUGCUUCUGUCGAAAGAACUGGAGCGCCAACCACGACGGCUGCCUGCUAAUGGGAGUGGUGAACCUGGAGCCUUGCCAGGGUGCGCCGGCGUUAGCGACGUUGCCACACUUCUACCUAGCCUCCGAAGAGUUGCUACAAUAUUUCGCCGGAGGCAUCAGUCCAGAUAAGGAGAAACAUAACACUUACCUGUACCUUGACCCGGUUACCGGUGCCGUGCUGAAAGGUGCCAGACGUCUGCAGUUCAAUAUCGAGCUGCGACAGAUGAAGCUGAUUCCACAGCUGGAGAAUGUUCGCACGGGCGUAUUCCCGUUGGUCUGGAUCGAAGAGAGCGCAGAAUUACCUCCAGAGAUACAACAAGAGCUGAAGCAGUCCCACACGUUGCUAGGAUACAUGGAGAUGGCGCGCUGGAUCCUGCUGUCCAUAGCCAUCCUCGUGCUAAUCGCCAGUCUGUUCCAACUGGCGAAAAGCGGCGCCCUACCUUUGUACAGGCAACACACUAAUUCUGUCAGUUUCGUGUUAUCGGCUACUGGAAGUAGUAAUAAAUUUUAGUUAGUCGAAAUCUGAAGGCUUAAAUGGGCUAACAGAUUUACCGAACCGG